UUCCGCCGAGGCCGCAGUCGCUUGCACAUAUCAUCACGCAUUAAGUUUUCAAUUAUGAACCUCUCAAUAGUAUUGUGCACGAUCGUUAUUGGACUAUCCCAUUUAACAAAUGGUCAGUUCCAAUGCCCUAAGAAAAAUGGCCAGUACGAAGAUCCAGUGCAAUGUGAUAAAUUCUACGAGUGCAAAGACGGCGUGGCAACAGCAAAACUGUGUCCAGACGGAUUAGUUUUUGACCCGCUGAACAGAAAAGUGAACAAAUGCGAUCAGCCAUUCAGUGUGGACUGCGGCGAACGUACCGAACUCCAAAACCCGCAGUCCAACUAUCUAUGUCCAAGACGUAAUGGCUAUUUUGCGCACCCAGACGAGAAGAUUUGCAAUAUAUUCUACAACUGCAUUGAAGGCGAGGGUACGGAAAUCGUAUGCCCCAACGGAUUGCAUUUCGACGAAUACGCUGGCACAUGCGCGUGGCCAGAUACGGCCGGCCGGACCGGAUGUGGUGAACCGGAAGAAAUGAAACUGAAAGACGGCUUCAUGUGCCCCAAAGAAAAGACCCACAACAGCCGGGGCCAAAAUGUGGCACAUCCCGUAUACGCGCAUCCUGACGACUGCCAGAAGUUCUACGUGUGCCUGAACGGCAUCACUCCCAGGGAACAAGGAUGUUCGACUGGCGAGGUUUUCAACGAGGAGUCACAAAAGUGCGAUCAACCCGAAAACGUGCCCGGAUGUGAGAAUUGGUUCAAAGACGACCCACAAGCGCAACAGCCGAGUAAAAAUAAGAAACAAUAGUUGUAUUA